CAAAGAAACCAAAUCUAGUUCACAUUAGGCUGGUCUGUCAUAGCUAGUCAGGAUCCCUCCAUCCCACCAAUACCCUCACCCCGACUUUCCCCUCACCUUCCUUCCCUGGACACUCCACCCAAGGAAGACAGACCAGGCUCUGGACAGUGGUCUGGGCUGUCUCAGCACCUUCUUCUUCCACAGGCACCUUGACCUUGAGCACUCCAAUGGCCAUGAGGCCGAACAAGUCUCCAGAGGAAAGCACUGAGGGAGAUGCUGGGAGAACAGAGCGGAAGCCCACGGCCAAAGAUGCUUUCAAAGACAUCUCCAUAUACUUCUCCAAGGAAGAAUGGGAAGAGAUGGAAGAAUGGGAAAAAAUCCGUUAUAGGAAUAUGAAAAGAAACUACGAAGUGCUGAUUGCUAUAGGUUUCAGAGCCACUCGACCGGAUUUCAUGCAUCACCACAGGCAGGUCAUCAAGCCCCUGGUAGAAGACACUGAGGAUUCUGAUGAAGAAUGGACACCAAGGCAGCAAGGUGAGGGGCCAGGAGGAUUUAGAGGUGUCUUGCUGAAACCAGCCUGGGCUUAGGUCUCAACUAC